CAGAGAUCCAGUCUACCACAACAUGGAGCAAGCCAAUGAAUUGCAGAUAUCCAGCGCGGAAUUAGGGAAGCAUAGCACCAGAGAGGACUGCUGGGUUGCUGUGCAUUCCAAAGUCUGGGACCUGACAGAUUUCAUAGAUGAACACCCAGGAGGCGCCAAAAUCCUCCUUUCGGUGGCUGGAAAAAAUGCAACAUCUGAAUUUGAUCGAGUACAUGCGCCAGGAAUAAUAGAGGAGAGUCUCCCAGCCGACAAGUUUAAAGGUGCUUUCCUCGAAGCAAGCAGCGAUGUACCUCCUCAAGGGGCCAUCGAAGAAGUUAAGGAAUCGCGGGACAGCAAAACAGCAGGGGCCUCAUCAGAGGGCUUUAUUCCCCCGCUUCAAUCGCUAUUGAGCGCCGCCGACAUUGAGCAGGUUGCCAGUAAACAGCUCACUCGUAAGACAUGGGCGUUUUAUAGUAGCGCAGCGACGGACCUCGUCACGCACCAUCAGAACAAGGCUUUUCUAAGACGUGUAAUGAUAAAGCCUCGGGUCUUGAGGGACGUCACGCAUACGGAUCAGACACGGUCGAUCUUAGGUCACAAGUCGAGCGCCCCGUUCUUUAUCAGCCCAGCUGCCAUGGCGAGGCUGGUACACAAGGACGGUGAGCUGGCAUUGGCUAGGGCAGCCGGCCAGGAAGGGAUCAUACACUGUAUAUCGAAUAAUGCAUCGUUCCCACUGUCAAGCAUUGUUCAAAGCGGCCACGACCAACAACCAUUCUUCUUCCAGCUGUACGUUAAUUCCGAGCGACACAAAACAGCAGAAAUCCUCAGAAAAGCACGCAGCCUCGGAAUCAAGGCAAUAUUUGUGACAGUCGACGCGCCGGUGCCGGGAAAACGUGAGGCAGAUGAGCGCCUAGCCUCGGAGUCUGCGGUCCAGUCGGCCGUCAGCGGUGCUACGUCAAGCAAUGACAAAAAGGGGGCAGGCUUGGGGCGGCUGAUGGCUCAGUACAUUGACAAGUCUCUGACUUGGUCGGACUUGGCUUGGAUCAGGCAGGAGUCGGGUCUGCCAAUCGUUUUGAAAGGUGUUCAAAACGUCGAAGACGCCAAAUUGGCGGUUGAAUACGGCGUCGACGGCAUCCUCUUGAGUAACCAUGGUGGUCGAUCGUUGGACACUGCACAGCCAGCCAUAUUGAACCUCCUCGAGCUGAGAAUCAAGUGCCCGGAAAUCUUUUCCAAGCUCGAGGUUUACGUUGACGGUGGAUUUGAGAGAGGGACUGACAUCAUCAAAGCUAUUGCUCUCGGUGCAACGGCUGUUGGUGUUGGACGGCCGUUCCUUUAUUCGCUAGUAUACGGACAGGAAGGUGUGGAGCAUCUUAUCCAAAUCUUAAAAGACGAGAUUGAAGUCUCCAUGAAAUUAGCUGGCCUGACGAAUCUGGACCAAGCAGGCCCGGAACUGCUUAACACCGCGGAUAUUGACCAUCUUAUUCGGUCAGCUCAAGUGUUCCCCCCUUUGAAAAGGAUUCAAGAGAAGGCACGUCUAUAG